AUGGCAGCAGCAGGGCAAGCACUCCGAUUCUGCGUCCGCAGCUCUCGCCGUAUAUCGACCGUUCCCCGGAUCGCACCCCGUGCGGCUACACAAUUCUCCCAGAGCCAGCAAAGACGAGCGUUCGCCGUGAGCUUCACGAAACGACAGGAUGGCGAAGAUGCAUCACUCUACACAUCGCGAGAGACGGUCGAAGAGAUGCUGAAGCGACUCAGGCCUGAGGAGAUCAAGGCUCUGGAGGGCAUCAGGAAGCGCGACCCGUCAGCGCAGCAGAUGUCGCUGGAGCAGUACCUGGAGAGGGAGAUGACAGCGGACGAGCAGGCCGAAGAUGAGCCACUCAUCACCAACCAGGAGUUCAAGAAGGUUGUGGGAACUAAGAGGGUCAACAAGCAAUCCUUCUGGUACGACGAGGACGACCCGACGGCUGAGACGGAGAAUGUCAUGGACGAAUUCGACGAGGACGACAUCACGCCCAUGGCGCACGGCAAACUGGACGAAAUCCGCGAGCACAGACAUUACCACCGUAUAAUGGCCUGGGAGAUGCCCUUGCUUGCUAAGCUGGCUAAGCCGUUCGAGCCGCCCGCCAAGGACGAAGUGCUGCGAUUCCGAUACACUACGUACAUGGGCGAGUUCCACCCGGCAGAGAAGAAGGUGGUCGUGCAGUUCUCGCCGGCCGACCUGAAUCUCACGCCGGUCCAGGCGAACAAGCUCAGGAAACUGGCUGGCUCGCGGUACAACCCGGAGACGGACAUUAUCAAGAUGAGCAGUGAGAAGUACGAGAACCAGGCGCAGAACAAGCGAUAUCUGUCGGACCUGGUGGAUAAGCUGGUUGCAAAUGCCAAGGACUCCAAGGAUACUUUUGAGGACAUUCCUCUCGAUACCAGACACCAUCAGUUCAAGAGCAAGCCCAAGUUUCCUGUGGAGUGGCGCAUGACUGAGGAGCGUCGCAAGGAGCUUGAAGCAUUCCGACUGCAAGAGCUCAAGAGCGAAGCUGCCAAGGAGGAAGGCGGGCAGAUCGUCGACGGCGCGGACAAGAUCAAGGAGUUCCUCAGUGCGCCGCCGAAGGAGGCGGACGGUAAGGUGGCGGAGCUUGUUGGUGUUCGUAGCCGCGGCGGCAAGCAGAAGGCCGCCCGCCGUUAA